AUGAUCACGGCUUCUGCGGAUUCCCAAGAACAUGAGGAGAGGACCGGUAAUUCGUCGACGGCUCCUUGGGUUUUUAUUGCCGACUACAUUCUGAUAAAUCAUUUUGAGGGCAACGACGACUACAGUUUGUGAGGGAAAAGAGAGCGCAGACAGGUCAGACUUAUUCAAGUCUCGUUGAAUGAGUUAAACAACCUUAUUCAAACUUGAAUCUUUCUGCUGAACCCUUUUCCGUUCGGAAUUAAUUAUUAAUGCCCUUGAAGGCGCAGAUGACGUUCAUAAACUGAAAUAACACUGAAGAGAGCUCUUUGCCUUGAUCUCGAAAUCUUGACUUUCCCAAGUCGAUUGAGAAGAAUGACGGCUUCUGGAGCUCUCCAAGAAGGGGAGGAGGGGACCGGAAGUCGUCGAUCGAUCCUUGGGCUCUCAUCGCCGACGAAAUUCUGAUGAACCUUUUUGAGGAAAACGACGACUACAGUUUGUGAGGGAAAAGAGAGCGCAGACUUGUCAGACCUUUUCAAUUCAUCUUGAGCAAGCUGUACAGACGUAACCGACCUCAGAUCUUCCUGCCCAACAUUUGCUCUUUGCCUCAAACUAAAACCAGACUUCCUAACGUUGAUGGAGAAAAGUGA